CUUCAGUAUAUCUCCGCAGUUCAGCUGAGAAAGAGCACAGCUCGUGAAAAUGAAGUCUUUUACAUUUGUCGCCCUCGGUAUUCUUCUCUCAAUUUCGGCAUGUUUGGGAGACGUUUCACACCUGCUACCCCAUAAUUACUAUGUGGAGACAACGACCGUACCACCACCGCCUGUUCCCUACAGUUUUCAUUACAAGGCUGGACGUUUUCCAGGAAAUGUCGAUCGUUUCCAGUCGGAGUCUGGCGAUGGAUCUGGAGCGAUUCAAGGCACUUACUCAUUCAUCGAUCCUAAGUUUCAAAUUCGGACGGUUGACUACACAGCAGAUAAAAAUGGCUUUCAUCCAGUUUUGAAGAACUUCGAUGAGUUCCAGACACCACCAGAAGAUUCAGAAGCUGUGAAACGCGAGAGGGAGAGACAUUUCGCUCUUUAUCAACGAAUUGCUGAAAGCAAUUCCCAUGGUUUCAUAUCCCUCCCUAAGGAAACUGUAGGUGUUGCCAAAGCCAAGGAACGCCACCUUGAGCUGUUCAAGAAAAUCGCUGCUGAGCACCAAGCGAUUGCUGCAGAGCGCGAGGCAGAGCGUCUCGCUUAUGAAGCCACAUCAAUACCCAAUGACGUCAACGGUCAACAUGUUUAAUAAAAAAAGGAAAAAAAUCAAUUAUCUUUUCAUCUGAAUAUUUAACUGUGUCAUGCGAAAAUACUAUUAUGUAUGAUGUUACACAAUGAAAUAAAUGAUACCUCAUCAGUGGAAAAAUCA